AUGACGGUUGGCAAGUCGCAGGCCCCCUUCACUGUCAUCGUGUCAAGCCGAGCCGUCAUCCCCCAGGCUGAUGGCUCGCUGACUGUCUCACCGGCGACUAUUUGCAUUUCACUAGCUACAGGGAAGAUCGUGUCCGUAACACCAGAAAUCAUCCCCCAGACAAGUUUCCCCACGGACACGGCAUAUGUGGACCACUCGCCCAUGCUGUUACUUCCCGGCCUGGUGGAUGCCCAUGUGCAUCUAAAUGAGCCAGGCCGUACGGAAUGGGAAGGCUUUUGGACCGGUACCCGGGCCGCAGCCAGCGGUGGCGUGACAACCGUGGUUGACAUGCCCUUGAAUGCUAUCCCUCCCACAACUACGGUUGCGGGAUUCAAGGAGAAGCUUGCGGCUGCCCAUGGCCAGCUGUGGGUUGAUGUAGGCUUCUAUGGAGGCGUGAUUCCUGGAAAUGCCCAUGAGUUGAAGCCUCUUGUUGAAAUGGGUAUAAGAGGCUUCAAGGGGUUUUUGAUUGAAUCUGGCGUGGAUGAGUUCCCGGCUAUUACCCCCAAGGAUAUGGCUCUGGCAAUGGAAACACUCAAGGAUAGCGCUACAACUCUCAUGUUCCAUGCAGAAAUGGAGCCAUGCGCUGGCCAUACCAACGGCAGUACAAAUGGUCAUGCCAAUGGCGACACCAAUGGCGGCACCAAUGGACAUACGAAUGGACAUACGAAUGGGCACACCAAUGGACACACCAAUGGUCAUGCAUCACCAAGUGAUGUCACGACCUAUCAGACUUUCCUUGACUCCAGACCUCCGACCUUUGAAACCACUGCAGUCCAGGAGAUUCUGUCUGCGGCACAUAUUGCACCUUCCUUACACUUACACAUUGUCCAUCUCUCAGCCACCCAGUGCAUCCCCCUCCUCAAGGCAGCUCGGGCAAACGGCGUCAACAUUACCGCAGAAACCUGCUUUCACUACCUAGGACUUUCAUCAGAGGAAAUUGCAAACGGAGACACAAGACACAAAUGCUGUCCGCCUAUCCGAGAGGGCCGAAACCGCGAUGGCCUGUGGGAGGAACUUGUCGCCAAAGACUCGUGCAUCAAGACUGUCGUCUCGGACCACUCUCCUUGCACGCCGGAACUCAAACUGCUUCCAACACAACUUUGGUCGGCUACGGAGCCAUACCCAGUGCAAAAGAAGGACAAGGAAGCUGGUGAUUUCAUGGCCGCAUGGGGUGGAAUUUCGUCUGUUGGUCUCGGCUUGCCAAUCAUCCACUCAACCGCCAAGCAGCGCAGCAAGACUUCCAAAGCCCCGGCCAUCACUGACAUUGUUCGACUCUGCUGCCAAGCCACAGCUGAACAAGUUGGUCUCUCACACCGCAAGGGCUCAAUAAAGGUUGGCAUGGACGCAGAUAUUUGUGUCUUUGACGAUGCUGAAGUGUGGACGUUUUCACAGGGUGACAUGCGCUGGAAGAACAGGUGUUCGCCAUGGGAGGGGCACGAGUUUACGGGUAGAGUGAAGGAGACCUGGCUGCGAGGACGAAAGAUUUUUGAAUUGGGUGCGCCGCAUGGUGGGUUUGUAGAAAUCAAGCCUGCCGGACAGAGCAUCACCGAGCGACGGACGGUGUGA